AUGCCCGCACAAACGAGCCUUCAUGCAGACGACGUCUCCCGCCGCAAGCACGCCCUCCACUUCUGUGUUAACCUUCGCAAUCUAUCUAAGCAUGUUGGACGGGGAACCCCCCUUCUCCGGUUAUGCGGUGCAGGUUCACUUGGUGGAACACAAAGUCAAGACACGACUGAUAUAUGUAUCAGCGCCGGUGCUCGUAUCAAAACUUGUUCUCCUAAAAACUCGCGUGGAUCACCACGCGUAGCGCCAAAUGGCUUCCUUGCUAUGAUGGAUAUCAUUGGCACCAAAUUUUCUGCCGAUAUAUGCAAUACACCCGCCUCCAGAUUCAGACAACCAAAAACACAAACAUCACGCCCAGCGUGCUGCGCGGGAUCAGAUGGAGCCCUCAAAGACACAGCAAGACACGUCCGUCAAAUUCACAGCGUGGUGACGGGACGCAUCUCACAGCGUUCAGCCUCAUGUAUCAAUGAAAUCCAUAAAACCUUGAUGCUCCCGCAAACUUCGAAUACUGACCAAGCAUUCGAUCAACUGAACAUGCUUCGAAUAUCACAGAAGCAAAACCGCAUGUGCAUCGCGGAGAAACAAAAAAAUGUUCUGGAGAGGUAUGUAACCCUACUUGACGACUAG